AUGAGCUUUGGAGGUCGUGUAUGCUUUAACUGCGGCGAGGCCACCCACCAGGCCCGCGAUUGCCCCAAGAAGGGAACCCCUACAUGCUAUAACUGCGGUGGUAUGCAACAUUUUCUUUCCUUCAUUGCUCCUUUGCCCUUGGUUAUUGUUCCCAUCUAA